UUCAAAUAACUGACCUGACAACCUUACAGAAUUCAAGAGAAGCGUCGACUGCCAUUGCGAAACAGUGAUGACACUGGCAUUACUGGCAACUCAGCAACAUUAUAAAUAUCCUCACGCCCCGUAUAAGACUCGGAUCAGCAGGCGGAUUUCACUCGUUGGUCAGGAAGAACGAAGAGCAAGCAAAUGGCAAGCAAAAUUCCAAGCGGGAGCAAAAGGCCCAGAGAACCCUCUGCUCAGGGGUUAAAGGUCAAGUUUUUGAUCAAUAUUCCUUUGAAGGUGGAUUCAAAGGAUGAGGCACAGAAGAGGUGUGGUUAUCUACUUGAUGCUCUAAGUGAAGGCUUUAAGGAAAAGGAUAGAACAUUUAUGAAGGAUAAGAAUGGCAAAGACGUGCUGGAAGACGUAGCUGUGAUUUUUGGCAUGAAUGGAAGACACACCCCAGAACUCGCUAAGGUUCUGAAGGAGCUCCAGACCUUCAAGUACAAUUGUAAAUACAUGAAUAUCAAGUAUUCUAUAAUCACCUACACCUGGGGAAGCGGUGGAACAAUAGCACCAGAUGCGACUAAAGUACCGUACCAGGAUAUUCGAGAGCAUCUGAAAAAUGAUGCUGCUACAAGAAAACUAGUGAAGGAGUUUAGGGAGAACGAUCCAAAGUGUCUGGUUUAUUUCAGUUUCGUUGAUAGUGACACGUUCAAGUUCAACUUCAUCUACAGUGAAUACUUAGAAAUUGUGAGAGAGGUGCUGAAAAAAGACGCCAUCCCGCCCACCGUGAUGUCGACUGGUUACGAGUUCACCCACGACAGCGAGCACUAUGUUGCGAGUAGACUGGACCGCACGGUCCGUGUAGCCUUGGCAGAGGUCAACCCUCUCCUUGUGUACUACCCAGAACCCAACUUCUGUGUUCUAGUGCGCGACGGACUCAACACCAUAGAGGAGAGUUUCAUCAAGCCAAAGAGGGGGAAGGGCGAGUACGGCAUGGAGUCACCAGUUCUGAUCUCGCAGGUCAAGGAACGUGUCAAUUUUAAAGCCGUGUUUCCUGACAGAGACCCCAUCAUCAUCGUUACUCCGGACAGAUUCACCCUUACAGACGAAGGCCUGAAGACCGGACAGUCGCAUCUGGAAGGGAUGAAUUUGGCAAAGAGUGCAUACUGUAAUGGGGUGUUCAUAAAUAAAGAAACAUAUAAUAAGACUGGCCCAAAUGACCCCAAACUGCUGCCAGGAGUAACUGGCAAAAACAGAGGCUUCAUCAUUCAGUUAUUUAACUGUAAAAACGACGAGGAAUUUAAAGAGCUGAGUAAGAAAAAUCCGUUCAGCAUGGACGGAAAAGUCGCCACAGUACUAGUCGAUGCCAUUAAACACGCAAGAGAAUACAAAAACUUUGUUUGUGAAUUUAAUGAAAAGCUGAAAGUCAGUUCCUCCUAGCCCUCAAUCUGAUCAGAAAACGGCUGCAUGCAGAUUACACAGACAUGUCGAUACUCUCGAGACUCACGAUGCUUUUAGAUUUCGUGCGCUCAUUUGAAUCUGGAACAGCCGCACUAAUUAGGGCCUGCUUUAUGUAAAUGACAUGCGCAUAGUAUGCAAAUGAAGCUGAAUUUUGAAGCUGAUCAUUUUUUAUGCUGUAUGACAUUUUUAUGAAUAGUUCAUAACUUUUUAUGGAAAAGUUCCUGAUGUUUGAAUAAUAAUAAACAGAUAAAUGACACUUACAUCAAUACUUAUUAAAGUGGCAUCUAAUGAUGUUUUUUGAUCUGCAGAAUAAUUAAAAUAUGAAUACAUUCUGAAUUAUAUUUACUCUUUUACAUUUAUUUCCCAAAUGAUUUUAAUUAUUUGUUUGUUGACCAGAAAACCAUUUAUUAAUAUUAAUUUCAUUUUGAUUAAUGCAUUGCUAUAAUCAGUGACCUAUAAAAUGACUAUAAGGGGAUUAUUUGUCUGUGGAAUAUUAUUAUUAUUAUUAUUAUUAUUAUUAUUAUUAUUAUUAUUACUAUUAUUAUUUACAAAUCUGAAGCCUUAUUUGAUUCUGGAGAAAUGUAUUAAAGGUGGUGGAACAUAUUCUGGAUAUUAUCAUGUUCACUUAAUCAUUUAAAGAAAGAAAUGAAAAUAAAAAUGGAUUUUAGCCUC